AUGUCGGAAAUAAACAUUGCCGUCAUAACUGGUGCUAAUAGCGGCGUAGGCUUCGGAACAGCUCAAAGACUCUUACAACAUUCGGAAGAUAACCCCACAGAACGCAUAAAACUAGUCCUAGCUUGUCGUAACCCAACACGAGCUGCUAACGCCCGAUCCGCCCUACUCAAAGAGCACCCCAAAAGUGAGAUUGACAUUGUGAUACUAGACGUUAGUUUAGUAAAGUCCGUGUUUGCGUGUUGCGCAGAAUUGAAAAAGAAAUAUCGUAAGAUAGAUUGGCUUUUUUGCAAUGCUGGGAUAUUAUCUUGUGAUUAUGUGGAUUAUGGGAUCGCGUGUAAAGAGUUGAUAAUUAAUCCGAGAAGGCUGUUAACCGCAACUAAAUGUGUUGUACAGCCAAAAGGUCGUGUCACCGGUGAAGGACUUGGGGAAACUUUUGCAUGCAAUAUUUUUGGACAUUAUGUAAUGAUUCAUGAACUUGAGGAUUUACUUGCUGCUUCUAAAGAGGCCCGUAUUAUAUGGACAGGUUCCAGUACAGCGGCAAAAAACUAUUAUGAUGCGCAAGAUUAUCAAUGUUUAACUGGUGAAUUCCCUUAUGAGUCUUCAAAGUACAUAACAGAUCUGAUUGCGGUCGCGCUCAAUUCACGUAUGAAUUCUCGUAAGAUUUAUACGUUCGUAACUCAUCCUGGGGUAGUUGCUACCAAUAUUGUCAGGGAUCAUUUAAACUGGUUUAUGGCAAAGGUUAUGCAUACGGCUCUCUACAUGGCUAGAUUUUUAGGAGUAAAUGAAGAAACUGUGACCAGUUGGAAUGGCUCGUUCUCGAAUUAUUACGUAGCCACUACCAAACCAAUCGAAUCACUGAAACGAACGGUGAAAUAUGGAUCGUAUAUAAAACCAUGGGGUGUAACUUAUGUUCAUGAAGAUCCCAUGGAUUACUACGAUGAGAAAGAAGCCAACGAUUUAUUGAAUAAAUUGGAUGAAUUGUUGGCAGAGUUUCAGAUGAAAUAUCAGAAUUAG